GCUCUUUUUAUUAAUGGAUGGUGUCCAAUCGAAAGAAAAGUUUCGGAGACUAUGCUGUGUAAAGUCCAUAAAGUGAGGUUACCAUUAGUAAUAGUUUUGUUAAGAAAGGCUUGGCAAGUAAAUCAGCUUCAGAUGGUAUAAUCUUCCGAGCAUUCUAUACAACAAUGGGCAAGGUCUUUAGCCAAAAGCAGACUAAAAAUACCUAAAUAUAACUCUCUCGAGAUCAUAUAAAAGAAGCCCCACAUUUUACCAAAAACAUAUAGUUUGAUGUCUUUUAUUAGUGAUUGGCGCAUUGACUUUUGUAAGCGCACAGGGAGAACCAGCAAAUAAACAUAUUAAAUACAAUGUCAUUGGGCUUUUAAGCUCAUCGCAGUCAAUGGGUGUCAUUGUGGAUAAUGUUACUUAUCCCUUGGAACUCAGUUCUCCUAGCACAAUUUUGUACACCGGUAAUGCACCUGUAGCUAGACAGGGUUACAGAUACACCAAGAUUAUAAAAGUAGACAACAGCACCAUCAGCGAGCCAUUCCUUAGAUCACCUAUAGAAACCAACACUCUGAAUGAAUUCUUCAAUAGAACAUGGAACAAGAAGCGAGUUGCUUCAUUACCUACUGUAUACAAACCAUUAUCAGCAAUUCAUCGCAUUUCUUCUAAUCUGCAUCGUGAAGGAGAAAUCCCUACCAUACAUAUUAUUGCCAAUGAAUCAGAGAUUGCUACUAUGCAUAAUAAUUACACACAAGAUAUCGAAGUCAAAGCCAGCUUAUCCUACGUAUCUUUAAAUGACAGCUUGACUUUCAAAGAUGUUGGGUUCUCUAUUUCAGGCGUCAGCUCCCGAUGGAUGCCCAAGGCCUCCUAUAACAUAAAACUGAACAAGGAAGAUACUAUCUACGGCUACAGACGAAUCAAAUUAAGAGCCAUGGCGAUGGACCCGUCUUAUAUUCACGAGAAAGUUGCUUACGGCAUGGUCAAUUCUUUAGGUCUCAUCUCAACCGAUUUUUCUUACUGCCGUGUCUUUUUAAAUAACCAAGAGAUUGGUUUAUUUGGCUUGAUCGAAACAUUUCAAGAUCCUUGGGCCGCCAAUGUAUUUGCUAAUGGAAACAAAGACUACAAGAGCGGCAAUCUAUAUCAAGGCGCAGGUCCUGGUAACAACACUGGCGGUUUAGUUUAUGUGAGCAAUUUGACCGCAUAUGGCGGCGGACAGUACAAGAUGAAGGCUGGUAACAAAGAAGAUUAUGCUCCUCUUCAAGAGCUGACCAAGUUCAUUGCUGAUGCUCCCGUCAGUGGCUCUGAUGCAGCGGCUACCUGGAAGUCAAAGCUAGAUAUGGACUCUGUUAUUCGCGCCAUGGCACUUGAAAUUCUUAAUGGUUAUUAUGACGGAUACAUAUACAAUGCCAAUAACUACUAUGUUUAUCAAGAUCUCUCAUCCAACAAGUACAUCUAUAUUCCAUCAGACUUGGACUUAACCUUGGGCUCAGCCACAGGUGACAUAAGACCGUUUAUAACCGGCAACUAUUCAACCUAUCCCGAAAUUUACAGUCGACCAUUGUCCAACAAAAUGCUUCAAGUUCCAGAGUUCAAGCAGCAAUUUGAAGAAACAUUGGUUAAUGUUACCAAGCUUCUUGUCAAUCCUGUGGCGACUAAUGAUUUCAUUAACAGUGUUGUUGAGAUGAUCCAAGAAGAUGUUGCUUGGGAUGCUCAAGUUCCUCGUGUGGGUCGUGCAUUUGCUGAUGCAUUAGCGGCAUUAAACAUACCAGCUGCGAACGGAAGGGUUCCUCAAGAUCUUGAUAUGGACAUGUUUUUACGUGCAAUUGCCUCAGCCACAGUGGUGGAUAAGAAUCGCAUGAACUUUAGCUAUGUCCUGAAGAAUCCUGCUGCCUUUAAUCAAACACGUGAUCUUCUUACUGUAAUCGCCAAAGGUCUCCCUCUUUCACAAGCAGUCAAUGGUCCUACUAACAACAAUGCGUUUAUGGGAGUUAAAGACUUUAUCAACACUAUUAGCCAAAAUAUCGCUAAAUUCUAUAAUUUUACUUUAAAUUAAAUGCAUUAAAUCUAUUCAUAUGUUAUUGUGUGUUUUUCUCUUUUCUUUUUGAUUACCCUAUCUUAGAAUAUCUU